GCGAGAAAUAAUAAAGAACCCUUCGAUUAUGAUUGGUUAAAUUUUUUGCCAUUACGAAUUAGUUUUAUUAAAAACCGGUUUGACGUAACUGAUCAUUUUUAUAUUGUCGUAAAUGAAUUAUGGCCACAAGUUUGUACCUAUAUUAUGUCCCUUCCCACUAGUCACCAAAGAUAUAAAGAUCUUUUAAUUUUUGAAGAAAGACUGAAACAAAAUUUACAUCAAUUACAAAGACGUAGUUAUAAAUACGAAG